UCUAGAUUUUAAAACCCCUGCUGAUUUAUUAAAUUAUAAACUGUACUAAGUCACAUUCGCGUUCAGAGGUAAAUCGCACUAUAUGGACUUAGCACAGCGUACUAAAAAAGUUAUGUCCAGUGGCAUGGACUUGAUACAGUUUUCAUUCAUCAUAUUUAGCACGUUUAGGCUUGUCUGCUACCGUGGAACCCUUUAAUAAUUCGGUAAAUUAAAUUUAGUCUUUUGCUAGCUUCUAAUGAAUGAGGACGUUUUACGCGGUUAUGUCUUCGAGAACUGCGAACAUUUUUGCAGCUUUAGAAAACUGUAAAUUUCUGGAUAUAAGUGAGGAUGUGCCAAAUACAAGCGAUACCAGAGAUGCUUUCUCAAGUGAUUUGGACACAUCUUGUCUAGUGGGAAGCCCAGAAUCACUGGUUCACACAGUGGAUAUUGAUACCGACUUAGAGAACAAAAAUGCGUCGCCGUUGCCUAAAAAAUUGGUCCACCUUACUGAAUAUCCAGCUGUUCGGAAAAGAACUACUGUGCUGUCUAAUCCUAUAAUGGUUAUUUAUAGUCUUAGUCUCAAAGAACCCCCUAGUCACUCUCAUUAGAAAAAGGAAAUGUGACUAAAGCUGAACAAGUACCAGUGCACAGCUCCAUAACAAGUUUUAAAAAAUAAUUUGAAAGCCUAUACAAAAAAGUAUCUACAGAGCUUGUUUGUCCCCAACCAGGAUAAAGGACCCCAAUUAUCAACAGGUAAAUAGCGAAAGUGAUUCUGACACAAGCAACGAUGUAAGAGACGUCGGAAAAUGAUUAUGGAGAGGGCUCACAAGAAGACUUAAUGGAAGUUCGAAAAGGAAAAAAACCUAAAAGAAACACCGCCAACUGGAAAGCCAAUAUCAGAAAACAAAAAUGCCUUUCUACAAACAGAAUACUUUUAUAGGAGCGAAAUCUUUAAAAAUGCGAUGUUUGCAGGCAAAAUUGCACCACAAAAAUUAGCCAAGAAGAGAGAGAAAACAUAUUUGCAAAUUUUUGGUCAACUUCAAAAUUAAUUGAUCAUAAACGGCAGUUUGUUGCUUCAUGUGUUAAUUUAGUGGAAAUUAAAAGACGGCGAGAACGAACUGGAGAAAAAGCAAACGAGAAAAGUAACACCAAAAAAUUCUUUUUGACUGUUUAAAAACGACGGGUGCAAGUUUAUAAAACAUUUUUUUUGAAUACCUUAGGGAUCUCGCAAACUUUUUGUUUCAACGGCAUUAGCAAAGAGAGGUGAUGGAGGCAUAGUGGAAUCAGAUAAGCGUGAAAAAAACACUCCUUCAAAUAAAAUAUCAUUUGAGUUAAAAGACACUAUAAGAAAUCAUAUUUUAAAAUUUCCAACUGUAGAAUCCCAUUAUAGUAGAGAACGAUCAUCAAGAAGAUACCCUGAUAGUAAUAUAAAUAUAACAAAAAUGUACGAUGCUUACAAAAAAAAAAUGUUGAAGCAACAUACACCCGAAAUUGAUAUUCCUAAACCGUGGUUAUACAGUGAAAUAUUCAACAAUGAAUUUAACUAUUCCUUUAAGCCUCCGGACAACGACACUUGUGAUGAGUGUGACAAAUAUCUUAUACAAUUAAAAGACUCUACAAUAAUUGAUGAAAGAAUGUCCAUCCAAAAAGAGUACGAUUUACACUUGAGUGAUUCAAGUAAUUUUUUUUUUAAAGGCACAAGAUAAGUCUCAGGCUAAAGAAAAUCAAAAACAUAGGGUGAUUAUGGUCGACCUAGAAAAAUGUUUGCCAACUCGUUUAACUACACAAUCAUUAAAGAUUGUUCAAAAAACCUCACAACCUGUUGCAUGUGGGAUGAGAGCGUCGCUGGACGAGGUGGAAAUGAAAUGGCGUCAUGUUUACUUAAAUGGGCAUUAACUAAUAUUGACGAACUUACAAUUUGGUCCGAUAAUUGCCCCUCUCAAAACCGAAAUAUGAACUCUCUUUUGGCUUAUUUUACCAUUUUAAAAUACAUUCCAACAUUAAAAGUUAUAAAUCAUAAAUACCUACUUAGAGGGCAUACCCACUUAGAAGUAGAUAGCGACCACUCUUUAAUUGAAAGAGAGAGAAAAAAAAUAACAAAAUUUCAGAUUAUGACCCCAUGGGACUGGCAACGGUUAGUUCGCCUUGCCAGUCAUAAAAAUCCGUUUAAUGUUAUUAACAUGGAGAUAUCGGAUUUCAAAAAUUUUUUGUCGUUAUUUCAAGGGACCAAUGCUCCAUUUUUACAGAGAAAAAAACUGGAAACUGUAGAAGAUUUUAGAAUAUCGCAGCUGGUUCAUAUUCAGGUUCGUUCUGACCAAUUUGGAGAGGUUUUAAGUAAGACCAGUUUUAAUGAUACUAAUUUUAAGAUACUUGAUUUAAAUAGAGUAUCCCGUAAGUCAGUUUUCCCAAAAGAAAUUCCAGUUAUAAGAGACCUACCAAAACCAGUCAGUGAGAAAAAAUACAAAGACCUUCAAAAUUUAUUACAGUGGGUCCCAAAAAUAUUUCAUCCUUUUUACCAAAAUCUGCCCUACACCGAUAAAAAAACAGAGGAUGAUAGUGAAAAUUAGUUUUUUUCCGUACUUGCUAGCACCAAGAUUUGUUUGUAUGUUUAAUCUUAAGUUGUCUGCCAACGUUGCUAUGUUAUAGGUUUUCUUAUACUUUUAAGAACAUCUAUUAAUUUUGUUUUGUUCAUCCAGUAUUUCUAUUUUUU